AUGAUGAACCUGUUGGUAACGUUCUCCUUGGCUAUCUUGUCUGUCAGCACCGAGGAUGUGCCGAUCGAUUGGCCAGUAAACCAGCCAGACUAUCAGCUGCCCAUUUUUUUGUCUGCCAGAGCAGGGAUUGCCUGUGAGGAAACUCCGAUCGUUUGGAGGAACAACAACAUGACGUGCCCUGAACGAGCUGUCUGCGCCGACGUGUUUCUGACGCCCAGAGAGCUCGAGGAUGGGUCCCAGUGUGAAGAAAAGAGGAUCCUGCAUAACUGUUUGUGUCCCGGCGGCUCUGUGUGCCCUUUCGAGAAGCCCUCACAUUUUCUGUAUGCAUCUGCUCUACAACGGCAGUACACUUGUCAAAACAUCUGCCGACUGCCAUAUUGUGGAAACAUUCGUAGCAUGACCCCUGUCGCCCAAACUGUGGUGAACGAGGCCAUAAACUUUGGUCGUCGGACGUACACCAGGAUGGACUGCCGAUGCUCCCGCCACCACGUUCCAUUUGGCACACACAGGGCUGUGCAGACCUCCCCAGCCCGCAACGGUAUCAAAAAAUUCGUAGAGUACGUCUGCAGCAGGUCGGAGAACGAGAAUAUGAUUCCUGACCCCUGCGAGAUUUAA